GGCUUUUGCUCUGCCGCUCCCCGUGCCCGACUCAUCUCUCCUUCACUCGUCUCUUCGUACUCUCGUCUUCGUCUUGCGUCUUCCGCCAUGAGCCUGAGGUCAAAGCGCAUCAAUGGCAGCUCCGUGAGGAGGCAGAGCGGGGCAUUCAGCGGCCUGUCCCUGAGUAGCGGCUCGCUGCACGCCGGCGGUCACCUCGGCAGCCCGUUCCCCUCAGUGUCGGUCAACAGGAGCUUGCUGGCCCCGCUGGACCUGGAGAUCGACCCCAGCCUGCAGGUGGUCCGCACCCAGGAGAAGGAGCAGAUCAAGAGCCUCAACAACCGCUUCGCCUCCUUCAUCGACAAGGUGCGUUUCUUGGAGCAGCAGAACAAAAUGUUGGAGACUAAGUUCGACCUGCUCCACAGUGUGAAGGCGGGCCGCUCCAACAUCAAGCCCAUGUUUGAGUCCUACAUGGCUAACCUGCGACGCCAGAUGGACGUGGUCAACAACGACAAAACCAAGCUGGAUGGAGAGCUGAGGAACAUGCAGGGCCUGGUGGAGGACUUCAAGAACAAAUACGAAGAUGAGAUCAACAAGAGGAACAGCCUGGAGAACGAUUUUGUCAUUCUGAAAAAGGAUGUGGACUCAGCCUACCUGGUAAAAGCAGACCUGGAAGACAGGGUGGGAGCUCUGACUGAUGAGAUGAACUUCCUCAGGCGCAUCUAUGAGGAGGAGCUACGGGAGCUACAGGCCAGUAUCAAGGACACAUCUGUAAUCGUCCAGAUGGACAACAGCCGCCACCUCAACAUGGACCAGAUUGUAGCUGAUGUCAAGGCUCAGUAUGAGGACAUCGCUGCCAAGAGCCGAGAGGAGGCUGAGAUGUGGUACAAGACCAAGUUUGACCAGAUGGCAAUCCAGGCCACCCAGUACGGGGAUGACCUUAGGAACACCAAGGGUGAGAUAGCAGAAGUCAACCGCCUGAUUGGCCGUCUGCAGAGUGAGAUAGAAGCUGUCAAACAACAGCGCAUCAACCUGGGGAACCACAUAGCGGAGGCAGAAGACCGCGGGGAGCUCGCUGUGAAAGAGGCCAAGUCCAGGAUAAGAGACCUGGAGGAAGGCCUGCAGAGAUCCAAGCAGGACAUGGCCAGGCAGGUGAAGGAGUACCAGGAGCUGAUGAAUGUCAAGCUGGCCCUGGACAUAGAGAUCGCCACGUACAGGAAGCUUCUGGAAGGAGAGGAGGACAGGAUUGGACAUCAAUCUGUCCUCAACAUUCACUCAGUGUCCAGCUACAGUAAGCUCGAAGAGUAAAAGUAAUGGUUACUAUGGCAACAAUUCCCCUACACCAAAGCUGCUGAUUAAAACAACAGAACAAAGAGACCAGUCCAGG